AUGCAAAUACAAUUUGUACCAAUUCCGAAAUCAAAAGCAAAAUCAUUAAAAAGUACAUUUUUGAAUGCUGCUCAAUUAAAAAAUAUUGAAUUUUGUAUUUUGGGAGAAAAUGAACAGGUUUGGGAUUUAUUAAAUGAAGGAUCUCCAUAUUUUUACGUUGAAUUGCCUGACGGGACAAAAAUGUUGAGUAGAACAAUGUCUCGUUUUCCGUUACAAUUUGGACGAGAGGUUCUCGCUUCAAAAGCCCUACUAGACUGCGAGGAUCACAUCGAUUGGCGUAACUGUUCGCUGGAAAAAGACAAAGAAGUUGAGCUUGUAAACAAAUUAAAAAAUGGGUUUAAACCGUUUGAUUUUACUAAUACUGAAGAUUCUGAUGAGGAUGAUUGA